CUCUGGACCUGGUCCUGGGACAUCCCAGCCACCAUGGCUUCCCAGCUGAGCAGGAUCAUGCGGCCAGAUGAUGCCAACUUAGCCGGCAAUGUCCAUGGAGGAACCAUCCUGAAAAUGAUCGAAGAGGCUGGGGCCAUCAUCAGCACCCGGCACUGCAACAGCCAGAAUGGGGAGCGCUGCGUGGCAGCCCUGGCCCGGGUCGAGCGCACCGACUUCCUGUCACCCAUGUGCAUUGGCGAGGUGGCUCACGUCAGCGCGGAGAUCACCUACACCUCCAAGCACUCUGUGGAAGUCCAGGUCAACGUGAUGUCCGAAAACAUCCUCACAGGUACCAAAAAGCUGACCAAUAAGGCCACCCUGUGGUAUGUGCCCCUGUCACUGAAGAACGUGGACAAGGUCCUCGAGGUGCCUCCUGUUGUGUAUUCCCGGCAGGAGCAGGAGGAGGAGGGUCGGAAGCGGUAUGAAGCCCAGAAGCUGGAGCGCAUGGAGACCAAGUGGAGGAAUGGGGACAUUGUGCAGCCCGUCCUUAACCCAGAGCCCAACACCGUCAGCUACAGCCAGUCCAGCUUGAUCCACCUGGUGGGGCCUUCAGACUGCACCCUGCACGGCUUUGUGCACGGAGGUGUCACCAUGAAGCUCAUGGACGAGGUAGCCGGGAUCGUGGCUGCACGCCACUGCAAGACCAACAUAGUCACAGCUUCCGUGGAUGCCAUUAACUUCCAUGACAAGAUCAGAAGAGGCUGUGUCAUCACCAUUUCUGGACGCAUGACCUUCACCAGCAAUAAGUCCAUGGAGAUCGAGGUCUUGGUGGACGCCGACCCCGUGGUGGACAGCACUGAGAAGCGCUACCGGGCUGCCAGUGCCUUCUUCACCUAUGUGUCCCUGAACCAAGAGGGCAGUCCGCUGCCCGUGCCCCAGCUCGUGCCCGAGACUGAGGAUGAGAAGAAGCGUUUUGAGGAAGGCAAAGGGCGGUACCUGCAGAUGAAGGCCAAGCGGCAGGGCCGGGCGGAGCCUCAGCCCUAGACCCCCCUGCACCGGGCCCAGGUGGCUGCGGCAGCGGCCCGUGCGUCACCACUUAGAAGUUACCCCCUUGGCCAAAACCCAAGUCACGUUGAAGCCGGCGUUGUGUGAAGUAUUCGUACCGCAGUGUUAACCUCUACUCUCUCCUGAAAACCUGUACACCAAAGCUUUAUUUAUGUCAUUCCAGUGUUAAUGCUACACAGCAUUGUCCUGAACGCCGGGAGGUGUUCCAUGGAAACCCUAGGGAAGACUCCCGAGCACACUGUCAGGUAUGCAAAGAAUCCAGCACCACUAAUAAAGCUGCUGUUUGGCUGGA